UAUGACGGUGCGGAGAGGAAAGAAGCUCAGCAUCUCCAUCCAGGAACACAUGGCCAUCGACGUUUGUCCCGGCCCCAUCAGACCCAUCCGACAGAUCUCCGCCUACUUCCCCCGCCUGUCCCCCACCUCCCCCGGCCCCCUGUCCCCCAACCCGGCCUCCUCACCGCUGGCCCUCAGCCCCGGCUCCGUGGCGUCCGGGACGGUGGGCGGGGCUCACCUGCUGUCUCCGCUGCUGGCCCACGGCCGGCCUGGUGGCGGAGGCGGCGGUUCUCUGUCUCUGACCAGCAGCGUGGACACGUCGGUGGAGAUCAACAGCUCCGACAGUGACGACUGCACUGCGUUGGGAACGCUGGAGUUUCAACUUCGAUAUGAGCAGAGCUCCAGCGAGCUGCACUGCACGGUGCUCCGGGCCAAGGGUCUGAAGUCGAUGGACUUCAACGGACUGUCGGACCCGUACGUCAAACUGCACCUGCUGCCCGGAGCCUGCAAGGCCAAUAAGCUGAAGACAAAGACGAUCCGUAACUCCCUGAAUCCAGUGUGGAAUGAAACGCUCACGUACAUCGGUAUUACGGAAGAGGACAUGCACAGGAAGACGCUCAGGUUGACCGUGUGUGACGAGGAUAAGUUGACUCAUAACGAGUUGAUCGGGGAGUCCCGGGUUCCUCUGAAACGGGUCAAACCCAACCAGACCAAACAUUUCCACACCUGCCUGGAGCACCCGCCCCCGCUGCCCUCUCCGACCGCCAUGGGGGAAGCCCUGCGAGGAAUCUCCUGCUACCUACGAGAGUGGGAGAAUGAGCAGCUGCACAGCCUCGAGGAGAGAGGGCGUCUGCUGCUCUCGCUGCAGUUUCUGCCUCCGCUCGGCGGGGAGGACAAAGACGUAGACGGAGGAGGUGAAGGGCGUCGCAGCGGGGGUCUCUGUGUCGGCGUGAAGCGCUGCGCCCACCUGGCCGCCAUGGAUGUCAACGGCUUCUCCGACCCCUAUGUCAAAAUAUACCUGAAGCCCGACAUACUGAAGAAAUCCAAACACAAAACGGCCGUGAUGAAAAAGACCCUGAACCCCGAAUUCAAUGAGGAGUUCUUCUACGAGAUCUCCCUGUCGGAGCUCACCAACAAGACUCUGGAGGUGACGGUGUGGGAUUACGACCUGGGACGCUCCAACGACUUCAUAGGCGGCGUGUGUCUGAGCUGUCACUCCCAGGGCGACGCCCUCCGUCACUGGAUGGACUGCCUGAAGAACAAGGGCCGCAGGGUGGAGCAGUGGCACAUCCUGACCAACGAGCUGCCCCGAACCCUCAGCCACGACUGAACGUCAGCGAGCGGGUGGGCAGGCAGCUUCCUGCAGACGGUCGGCGGCCACAGGGAAUCCUCGUUAAGGGACGGACACAAGCAACUUUACCGCAGGAAUCUGCAGUAACUGUGUUUUAAUAAUGCCGGCUGGUGAGCCGGGUGAAGCCGGAGCAGCGCGGUGCUGCUGGUGUGCCUUCAUUAGUGAUCGCUGAGUCAUCGUGAAGAAGAACACUGUCAUUACAACAUUAGCACCAAACUACAACACACGUAACAGACAGAAGAUACACUCCGACAGAGAUUAAGCCACAGCUGUACACGUCCGACUCGUACUUGAAAUGAAAUUGCAUGUUUUGUUUCUACAAGAUACAGAUUUGUCUUAUUGAUACAGGAUUUCUAUUUUAAAUAGUGUCAUGACCCCGUUAGACCCGCUUGAAAAGGUUGUGGUUUUAAACACGUCGUUAACUUUUUGAGUUAAGUUGAUAAAAAGAUGGAGGUUUGGGUUCAAAUCAGACGUCCCUUCACUUCCUGAAGGUUACCACAUGACGCAGAACGCGACGUAGCGCCGUUUGUUUUCCGUAAAGUUAAAAAAAUUUGUCUGUUUCCUUUUCUUUUCUAACGGGACAUGAACCCCGGUCUCCUGUGUUUGUUUGACCCAUCCCUCCCCCCCCUCAACCUGCCUCCUUACCAGGACAUUUGGCGCUCUUAUACUUCAUGUCCCACUUGCUAAUAAAAAGUGAACCUCUUUUUUUAAUUUAAGAAACAAACGGUUACAUCACGUUCUGUGCCACGUGCGUAAUGCGAAUGAAGUCCUAACUUUAUGUGGCUGAAGUUGAUAUUUCACAUUCACAGCAUGAUAUCGGUCAAGAGUUACCUUCUCAUCUUUAAGUGUGUUGAUCACACUGUCAGGUACAUUUCCUUGCAUUUUCAGGAAGAUGAGUACGUUCUUCUUGGCAGCCACUUUGUCUCAGAGUGGUUUUCUGUCUCAGAAAAGUAUCUUAACCCUUGUGUUGUCUUCCCGUCACCCAUGCAACUUUUUUAUUUUUUCUGGGUCAAAAUGUUAAAUUCAAACAUUUUGUUGUUCUUCUUUCGACACACUCACUUUUCCCAAGGUUGUUGUCACUUUUAUCCAAGUUUUUGGUCACUUUUUCCCGAUGUUUUCGUCAAUUUCUUUCCUGCAUUUUUUAACAACAUUUUUGUCAAAUUUUUUUUCAAAUGCUAUAGAAUUGAAUAAAACACCCAAAUUUAAUGAAAGUAGUGAACUGAUCAUUUAUUUUACUUGUGAAGAGUAAUAAUAGUUGUAUGGAACCAUCCACGUUAUUUUCUUUGACAAUUUGGUUGUCAAAGAAAUUUCUGAUAUAGAAAUAGAUUUUGAAAAUGGGUCAAAUUUGACGCGAGGACAACAGAAGGGUAAAUAAAAUUCCCCCGGUCCCUUUAGAUCCCACAUAUCAAUUUAGGUUCACAAUAGACUUUGGCCCACAUAGUUUUUGUAGCUUUUUUCAAUGUUUUUUUCCGACCUUUUUUGCCACUUUUUCCAAUGUUUUUGUUAUUUUUUCUUUGAUGGCUAAGUUACUGUAAGCUAUUAUAUUAGACAUGCAAUAAUACAAUAACCGAUGCUUGACUUUUACCAUGAAAUAAUAGCAUGUGAAUAACUUAAACAUGUCUGGCCCUGGAUGUGAUUCUUAUUUUCCAGCGUGGCCCUUUAUGAAAUUGAGUUUGACACUCCUGCUUUAGGUGCUCCGUAGCUUUUUGAUUUUGGGAACAUAAAAAAAAUAAAAGAAUAUGGGCCUUUAACAGCUUCCAUAUCGCACAAACCCUGAGUUACUUCAUGUCAUUUCUCUGGUCUGUAAUGCACGGGUCACAUUUCUAUUGCACUCCUCAACGAGACUGUGAGAAACAAACUGACGAUGAUAUAUAAUAGUGGUUCUUCCUUGGUGUUGCAUGAUGCAAUAUGUUGAUAUACAUCUUUAUAUCUCUAUACUCUGCUGCCUGUUUUCUAAGUCAACGUGUUGAGACCCGAUGAGACAUUCAGGUUCACGGUGUUAUCGUUCUUCUUUGUAUGCACGACCGAACGUAUGAAUGUGCUUUCUAUACGAUAUUGUUUAACUGUUGUUUACACAGAUCUUGUGCUUUACAGGUGUUCUUACAUUUCUAUCAGGUGUUUUAUGUACGAUGCAACAAUAAAAUUUGGAAUGCAACACUGACA